UGCGUUUCUCUUGAAAAAUUUAGUGUGUUAAGUUUGGCAUGUUACUGCUCUAGAAAUUUAUGAGGAGUUAUAAUGGCUCGGUUUACAACAUCCGUUUUGGCACUAUUUUUUAUCCUUUUUUCAAACGUUUGCUCAUUCUGGCCACCCCUUCUUUACUGCUUUGCAUUCUAGAAAUCACCUCUAUUCCUCGGUGGACCGCGAAGUGUGACGUUUUCCUUACCCGUUGCACCUAGGAUUCCACCACAUCCAUCGUCUUUACGUUCGCUGGCUCGAAGGCAGCGGGAGAAUAGUCUUCCCUCGCUCCCCGCCCUUGCGCGUUAUCGGGCGACUGUGGAGGAUCAUACCAAUGACAACUCGGCGGUCGUGUGCAGAGAUGUCAAUCAAAGCAGCUUUAGCUAUGCAAGAGCGGCGACAACAAGAACUCCGGACAGUCUCGUACAACACCGUCCACCAAUAAGUGGCGCUCAAACUAGUAGGAUUCACAGGGACAUUCAUCAUGUACAACAAAGCAGUCUGCUCAGUCCACCACAGCAGUUUAAUACUGGUGGAGCGUUGGCCUCAGCACGCUCUGCUUGUUGUGAAGACACGGCAAUUCGAAGUUUCUCGUGCUGCUCGUGUAUUCACCAGCCUGAUGAACAGCAUGAAAGUAGUACGUCCCUUUUACUCGCAUCUUCACGGAGAAAUACGCCAAGCAGGUUAAGGCAAAGCACGGCAAUUCCACGCGAAAGUACAAGCUGCAUAUCUUCAACAAGUCAGCAGAUGACAUCACGUCCACCUCCUGGUGUAAUUGUAACUGCACCUCCUACUUCUACCCAUGAAACGCCACCGUCGAACGAUAUCGAACUUGUCGUUCGAAAAAUGUCAGGCAAUUUUGUGAUGCGCCGGCGCUUUGUUCCACAGACUCCGCUGUCCUUUUUAAAGAUAGCAGUGUUACACGCUUUGCAACAAGAAAAUGAGUCACUUUCAAGCGCCGACGUAAAAAUUACUCUGGUCGUUUCGCACGAGGACGAUGUACAGAUGAACAACGAAAGCACAGAUGUGCAGGAGCCUGAGCCGCGUCAUGGAGUGUUCUACACGUCACAAACUAAAGCUGCUUGUAAAUUACCUGCACGACCACGACAGACCUUCGGCAUACUGUUUUCGUCAUCGUCUUCGUCCGGCGAUUUUCAUUUUGCUUGCAAAAGCAGAUCUUCAAGUAGAUGCGACGAGUUUUCAUUUGGCGAACUCUACAAGCCAGAAGUCGUAGAUCAAGCAAAAACUCCAAUUUAAAAUUUUGGCGGACGACCUAGCGGCAGCGCUAUCUUUUGCAUCUUCCAUUGAACAUGGUGGACGAGCCGACUGCUCUCAUAGGGAUGAAAUCGUGGAUACACAUGCUCCGCCAAAUAGAAAUAAUCAUAAGCGAACCUUGGAACAUCAACAAAAGAUAUUAAACCCAAAAGAGAGGCAGAGGCUAGUGUGCACUGUCAUAUUGCAGAGUGCUUACGCCGAGCAGCAGGAGUCCUUCUGUUCCUCGGUGGCACCUUCAGAGAUUUUUCAACCAGAAUAAUAAUCACAUUCCUAUUACUGAAAAGCGUUCCAAUGAAUAGCGUUCGAACUACC